AUGCAUCGUCUCGUCGUCCGCUUCCUCAAACUCAUCGCUGUCUUCGUUGCUCUCCUUGGCCUCCACUUCGUCGGCGACCGAAUACGCUUCGAACGACUCCUCAACAAACUCUACAUCACCUUCGACGACUUCCCUGACGACUAUUCCCGCGCAAUGGCCAAGAUGCCCAACGACACGGAAAUAAAAGCAUACGACCUUUCACAAUUCCCCGAAUGGGAUCCCUACAGAGAUAUUCCGCCAACCAUCCACUUCAUCUUCUUCCCAGACCUCUACGAGACGCACCAAGAAGGUACAGAUAUGGCUUCGAUGGGCUCUCACGCCCCGAACCUCUGUCGCGGGUACAACACUGACUUCGAGAUCAACAUCUGGAACGCAACGGCGGCGCGACAGCUGCUGGAGCAGCGAUACGAAUGGUUCCUCCCGACCUACGACGGCUACACUCACCCCAUCCAACGCGUGGAUGCAAUCAAAUACUUCGUCCUCUACACAUACGGCGGCUUCUACCUCGACCUCGACAUCGCGUGCCGGCGGUCGUUGAAGCCGCUGCAACGUUUUCCGGCGUUCCUUGCGAGGGCGUCGCCUGAGGGACUGAAUAACGACCUCCUUGCGACUCGGGCUGGACAUCCGGUGUGGAAGAUGAUGAUCGAUACUCUGGCGCCCAGGCAGAGAUGGAGUUGGUCAUUGGUCUUCCCAUACCUUGUCAUCUUCUGGAGCACUGGUCCUCAAUUCGCAACCGACAUGGUCAAAGCCUUCUUCGACGCAAACCCAGAACGAGCGGCCUACGUCGCAGGAUCAACAAAAGCCCAAGCACAUCCCGAUGACAUUUUCAUCCUACCUCAAGAAUUCUACAGCGAGCAAUACACCUUCUUCGGCCACUCACCGGGCGGCACAUGGCACGAAGGCGACGUUGCUGUUGUGCUUUGGUUCGCUGCGCGACCAUGGGUGCCGGUGCUGCUGGUCGUCUCGAUCGGAGUUACGGUGAUAACUAUCAAACGUCGCCAUUCGUUGUUCUGUCGACGAUAUCGAGAAAAGGAGAGUCGGCUCUUAGGGACACCUGGUGCGGAGGAAGAAGAACUGUGA